AUUAUUUUCCGUAUACACUAUAUAAAGCUUUAUGAAUGUAUCAAUUCAAAAUCCAUACAAAGUGAUUGCAGGAUAUAUCAGCACAAGUCAUUUGCAUGAUUCAUCUAAACAUCAAAUAAGUUUAGGAGUAAAAGCAGUAUUCCACCCAAAUCCCUUGGUUGUAUUUGUGUUAAUCAAGGUGAUCCCAGAGUUCCAUAAUACGCUAUUCAUUGACUAUCGACAGUUAAAAUACAACACGAUUGAACCAAUGGACGAAAAUUGUGAAUCAUCGUAUUGGUUUCUAACCAAACACUCAACGUAUGAAGGAAAUUUUUUUUACAAAUAUGUGUUAAUGAACCAGAUCCCGUGUCCGUACGUGUUUUGUCACAAUUCAAACUCCACGACGUGUCCGAUUAAUAAAAUUAUAAAGAAAAAUUGCAUAUCCGCUAUGGUUGUGUGUAACUAUCAUCUAAUGAGUUUUGCUGAAUUCGGACCAGAAGAUGGGCGAGCUGUACUUUAUCACAAAAUUACUAACGAGGUUAUUAUGUGGAUAAAACAAUACGUAUUAUAG